AUUCAAAAAUAGGUAUGAUAGUAUAAAUUCGAUGGAAUUGUGAUAAUACAGAAGAGAGAAGAAGCCAAUUAAUGUUCGAUGUGGGCGCAUCGAACAAGAUUUGAGUGGUGUUCUGGCAGAGCUAACCCGCUCAAAUUUGCAAUGGUUGUGCAUACCAGUACAAACUAGUUUAUCUGCUGAAAAAUUAAAAAGGAAUCAUAAUACGUACAGAAAACGUCGUAGCUACUAACGCAGUUAUAAACAAUUCACAUUUGCUACAACUAUUUGAAGGCAUAAUGAAACGAACAUAGUCACAUGCAAAAGUACUAUGCAGGCCUACCUUAAUAAGCAUAUUGAAACAACGUAAUUUGCGCUCUGUCAACAGAGGCGCUAGCUAUCAGUUAGUAAGGUAGGCCUAUGUCUAUUUUAUGAGCCCUCUCACUUUUUGAAAGUUGGUGGGUAGGUGGCGUCCUCAACAAGACAAGCGACUGAAAAAGGUGUUCAGUAGUGAUAAUGAAACCAACAUAGUAUCAUGCAAUAAUACUGUACAGGCCUAAAUUAGUAAGCAAAUUUGAAACUACGUUAUUUCCAACCUGUUAACUGAGCCGCUAGAUCUAUCAGGUAGUAAGGAAACACAGUGAAUUCACAAAGCCAGAAUUUAAACAGAAAACGUGAAGAUUACAUAAUCAUUAUACAUUGGCAGAAAAAAAAAAGCAAGAGUAUUCCUUAAAGCAUAUAGUGAACAAUCUGUUAAUUAUGCUAUUAUUUUUUCUUAUUUAUAUUUGUGCUUUACGUCACAUAGAUGGUGUAAUUACAGUCACUAUGGCACCACAAAAAAUGUGUGUUCUAGAAAAAGAUUUUAAUGUUGAUUUCAAUUGCACCAUUCAACCACCUAGCGCGGAUAAUGCUGAACACAAGAUGAAAUGGUUUUUUCAAAGUGAACUAAUUCAUUUUGAUGACGAAACAGUUCUAGAUAGCGGUGUAACAAUAAAAAAAUACAAAGAACUGAACAAUGAACUAAGCAUAAGGAAUAUCGAACGUCGAGACGAAGGCCAUUACAAAUGCCAAGUUGAAAAGACAGCUGUCGAAGACAUUGGUGAGCUGACAGUAGGUAAUUGUCUAGACGAAAACCCCUUCGUAAGAUGUGACAUGACUCUUUCCAACUCAACGUCACGUACAGAUCGUAACAACAUAACGAUGUUUGCCGGACACAUUCUUCAUGUAAAUAUAUCUUGCAAGGCUUUUAUUGGCAACAAUGUUUUAGUCAACAUUACAAUAAUAAAUGUUGCUAACCAUAGCAUUGCAUCAGCACUUCCUGUCUAUUCUCACGUUGAAGAACAGUCCAGUGCUACACGCGGAGUGUAUGUCAGUCACGCAGUAGACGUCGCAGGUUUAGAUGAACGGCAUUUCUGGUGCGUGGCAGAUCAUCCAAAGAUGUCACAUCCGGUCAACUGCUCUACUCCUUCAUUGAUGAAGCCUAAAGUAAAGAUUAAUGGAAGUGCUGACAACACGCAGUUCGAAUGUAAGGUGGAAUCUUAUCCCCCGUUUACAUCAUACCAGUGGAAACUUUGCCGUUACUCAGGGAAUGAAACGAAUGUUCAAAAAGAAGAGUGUGAGAAAUUGAACAUUACAAGCAGUAAUUUAAAUUUGACAAACAAUGGUGAAAUGAAAGACGGGUUUGUAUUGAUAUGCGAGGUUGAAAAUGCUGUUGGAACUGGACAUAGUAAACUGACAAUUAUUCCUAAUAUCGAAGCUAGCAUUGAAGCAAAAGAUAUAAAUAUUGGACACACAGAUGCAACGAUCAACCAUCGUAUUAAAGCAAAAGAUAUCAAUAUUGGAAACACAAAUGCAGGGUAUUCGAAUAUAUUGUACAUUGGUCGCUCAACCUUGUUAUUCAUUGUUAUUAUUUUGUUAUUAUGGAUAUGUAGACGAUCAAGAUUGACAAAACGUAAUAACGCAAUCAGCGACUAGUAAACAGAAUAACCCCCAAACCAGACGCUUAUUAUUAUUAUUAUUAUUAUUAUUAUUAUUAUUAUUAUUAUUAUUAUUAUUAUUAUCAUUAUCAUUAUCAUUAUAAUUAUUUUUAUCAUUAUUAUUAUUAUUAUUAUUAUUAGUACCGCUUCUCAUACGCAAUAUGUAAAAAAUAAUAACACAGCAAAACAACUGACGACACGGCUAAGGAAUGCGGUUAGGCCUUACGUAAUCAUCGUUAUGUGCACGUUAGACAGCUUUUCUGGUGAAAAACUACGGUAAAGUUAAUUUAUUUCUCUCAAUUAAGCUGAAAUAUGUAAGUAUAUUCACUUCGUGUGAUGGAGACUUCGAUGAUCUAUGUUGAACUGACGACGCGGCUAGUGAAUGCAGUUAGGUUACGUACGUAAACAUCGUCAUGCGCUCGCUAGACAGCUUCUCGGAAUUCAAUUGAAUGUGGGGAGAAAGCAUUGUUUAGUCAUUCAUCAGAUGCUGUAAUUAUGUAAUUGUGAUCCGUGAAAACAAUUAUUUCGACUUGUUUUAUAAUCGUUCACAAUUCACCAUGUAAAUUUGAAGAAAAAAAAACUGUUAUCGCGCAGUAAAUUGAUACAGUUGUUUGCUUGUUUUGACUUAGUGAUAACUGUUUGAUAAUUAUGAAACUUUGUAAUUGAAUGAUAGAUAGUAUUUUAAUAAUUAUGUACACGCGAAAGUAAUUAAAAUCAUCGUUUUAUG